AAGCUUCUCCUCGCGAGAGACUCCGCUCUCAUGCUCGCUGCCGGGGUCGGAGGUCAGAGCGAGCGUCUCGCGGGCCAUAAGAGGAAAAUGGCGGUAGAGUCGCGCGUUACCCAGGAGGAAAUUAAGAAGGAGCCGGAGAAGCCGAUCGAUCGGGAGAAGACUUGUCCGCUGCUCCUGCGCGUCUUCACCACCAACAACGGCCGCCACCACCGAAUGGACGAGUUCUCCCGCGGCAACGUGCCGUCCAGCGAGCUGCAGAUCUACACCUGGAUGGAUGCAACCUUGAAAGAACUGACUAGUUUAGUAAAAGAAGUCUAUCCAGAAGCUAGAAAGAAGGGCACACACUUCAAUUUUGCAAUUGUUUUUACAGAUCUUAAAAGACCUGGCUAUCGAGUAAAGGAGAUUGGCAGCACCAUGUCUGGGAGGAAGGGGACUGAUGAUUCCAUGACUCUGCAGUCGCAGAAGUUCCAAAUAGGAGAUUAUUUGGACAUAGCAAUCACCCCUCCAAAUCGGGCACCUCCUUCGGGGCGCAUGAGACCAUAUUAAAUUGUAUUUACUGUUUCUUGAAUUAGUUUUCAUUCAGUAAUGUAAAAUAACCUUUUUUCAUCCCUUCAUUUUUGCCAUUAAGCCUUUAAACAAAUUGUGAUUCAUCUAUUUAGGAAUUAGGUUUGGCUGUGUUAUGGUAUGAAUAUUAAUGGAGUCCAUAUGUUUCAAAUCCUGUAAAAUAUGAAGAAAAGUGCUCUUAGCAUUCAAUGUAAAACUGUAUUGUUAAAUAUAUGUGUGCAGUCAA